AUGACAUUGCUCUAUCCAAUCGAUGUCGUCAAAACACGUGUGCAGAAUGAGAAGGGUAAGGGAGCAGCUUCGUCAACAUCGUCGUCUUCAACCUCAACGAUGUCAGGAACAGGAGGCUCAUCUUCUUCAACCUCAAGAAAUCUAGGCGGUUCAUCUUCAUCAAGCUCAUAUUCUUUUUCAAGCUCAUCCUCCUCCUCCUCUUCCACCUCACAAAGAACCACCUCACAUCGCUGCACGCCUGGAGACUCCUUCCCCAGACGCGUGUACAUUGCUCUGCGAAGUGAAAGAUUAGGCGUUUAUCGCGGGAUACAGUUUCCUCUGGCAGUGGAGCUACCCAAACGAGCGUGGAAGUUUGCUUUUCAAGGUCAAUGCACUGGUGAGCUGCGGGAUAAGUAUGGAUGGGGGGUUUAUCAGGUAUUAAAUUUACUCUGAAAGUCAGUUGCUGAAUUGGUGGUCGCUGAAGUACAAGGUCUCCAAGGACUGAGAUGAAAGACAUUAUCUUAUCAAAAAGCCUUUCUAUCUACCCCAUCACGACAGUCCGCCUUCCUCGCCGGCGGCCUCACCGGAGCAACCGAAGCCCCCAUCAUUACAACCAGUGAGUUGACGAAGAUCCGCAUGCAGCUCCCGCAAUAUCGAGACGUCUACAACAAGGGCUUACCAAAUACCCUACGACACAUAGUGACACACGAGGGCUAUGCCGGUUUAGUUCGCGGGCUUUCGUGCACGAUGCAAAGAGGCUUCGUCUGGAACAGUGUCUUUUUUUCAAGUACAGCAUGGCUCAGAGACAAACGCCUGUUUAAAAGCGGUAGUAGUUCUAGC